AAGAACAAACAUCGAGUUGAACGAGUCCUCUCGAACUCGGACUCUUCUCAAAAGAUCAAUGUUAUUAUAACAUGUUCCAACAUCUUGUUUUUAUAGUUUUUAUAUUGAUCGCUGCGAGAAUGUGAAAUGUGAGAGAAAUUGCCGUGACAGAAUUACGCGGAUAAACGUGGACUUAUUAGUGAAAAUCAUAGUGUGCGGAAAAUAGCGAAAAUGCAAGAGCCGCGAUAUAUCGCGAAUGCGUGUCAGGAGUAUCAGGAUGAAUUUUAUACUGCUGCUGCGAAAUAUUGGGAUCGCAUCCCGCCAACAGUGGAUGGGAUGCUGGGAGGCUUCGGAUUUAUUUCGCAGACUGACAUAAAGGGCUCUACACUCUUCUUAAAAUCUCUCUUCGAGAUAGAAAAUCCACCUUCUAAAGCAUUUGCCCUAGAUUGUGGUGCUGGUAUUGGUAGAAUUACAAAGAACUUAUUACUAAAAUUUUUUAAACAUAUAGACCUCGUUGAGCAAAAUCCAAAAUUUCUAGAGGUAGCAAAGAUCUCUCUGGAAAACUGUUCAUCGAGAAUCGGUCAAUAUUAUCCUAUUGGAUUGCAAAAUUUCUGCCCUAUGCCAAAUAAAUAUGAUCUUAUAUGGUGUCAAUGGGUAUUGGGACAUUUAGAAGAUAAUGAUUUAAUAGAAUUUUUUAGAAAAUGCUCAUUGAGCCUGAAAGAUAAUGGUGUGCUCGUGGUGAAAGAAAAUAUCACAACUUCAAAUAAUAUGGAAAUUGACAAGGAAGAUUCUUCUGUAACGAGACCAAUGAAAACCUUGCGGUCUUUAUUUGAAAAGGCUGAUCUUAUUUGUAUUAAAGAACAACAGCAAAUCAAAUUUCCGCGUGGUUUAUAUCCGGUUCACAUGUUUGCCCUUAGACCAAUAAAUCAGUGAACUAGUCAAUAAU